AGGUUGCCUCAAAUACAUCCGUUGGAGGAGCUGGAGGGGCAUGUGCUUGUAACGAGCGCCAUCUGGCGGUUUCAGGUGGUCUUUGCAGAAAGAUUCAGAAUCUGAUAUUUCUUUACUAAUCGGGUGGAGCCAGAUACAUCUGGGCAGUCUUCUCGCUGUACGUGUCCGUUCUCUUCAUACAUCCACGGCGUGGGCUGGCCUGACCUCCGUACGUCUCUGUGUUUAUGCUUCCCAAUAAGCCAUCUGUCAGAAGUUUGAGGCUGAUGAAAGCGUUGCGCGCGACUUUUGUCAGGAGUUACGCAUUGCUGAAAGAGGCAGCAGCUUUUUGUGAUUGGCGUCUUCUUAAAGAAGGUAAAUUAUCAUCUGUAGAGCUUUUGGUGCAGAGUGCCAGCCAGGAUGAUUCUGGCGAAAUUAAAGGGCUUUGGGAAGCAGCUCCUGCGGGUGAAGGUUGUGGACUGUAACACAGAAGACUCCCGCUUGUCUCGAUGCCUGAACACAUUUGACCUGGUGGCCCUGGGCGUCGGCAGCACGCUGGGUGCUGGAGUCUACGUGCUUGCUGGCGCUGUAGCCCGGGACAGCUCUGGACCUGCCAUCGUCCUCUCCUUCCUCAUCGCCGCCCUCGCCUCAGUCCUCGCUGGUCUGUGCUACGCCGAGUUCGGAGCCCGUGUCCCCAAAACUGGCUCGGCUUACCUCUAUAGCUAUGUGACAGUUGGAGAACUGUGGGCUUUUAUCACAGGCUGGAACCUCAUCCUCUCUUAUGUCAUUGGAACUUCAAGUGUGGCCAGAGCAUGGAGCGCAACCUUUGAUGAGCUGAUUGGAAAGCACAUUGAGGAAUUCUGCAGACGAUACAUGAGCAUGAACGCCCCGGGUUUCCUGGCAGAGUAUCCAGACAUAUUUGCUGUCUUCAUCAUAAUCAUUCUAACAGGACUGCUUGCAUUUGGAGUAAAGGAGUCAGCCUUGGUAAAUAAAAUAUUUACCUGCAUCAAUGUACUGGUGCUGAUGUUUGUGGUCAUCUCUGGCUUGGUCAAAGGAAACAUUAAAAACUGGAACGUGAACCCUGAAGAAAUCCUCAAUGCCACCAGCAACUCUAGCCUUAAUAUGUCUGACAUCUUACCAUCAGAAAAAAGUCUUGGUAAAGGCGGCUUCAUGCCUUUUGGAUGGACUGGAGUCCUCUCUGGUGCCGCCACCUGUUUUUAUGCCUUCGUAGGGUUUGACUGCAUUGCCACUACAGGAGAAGAAGUGAAGAAUCCUCAGAGGGCCAUUCCUACUGGAAUUGUGGCCUCUCUCCUUAUCUGUUUUGUGGCAUACUUCAGUGUGUCCGCGGCCCUCACUGUGAUGAUGCCUUACUACUUGCUGGACAAGAACAGCCCGCUGCCAGUGGCCUUUAUGUAUGUGGGCUGGGAGGGCGCUACUUAUGCAGUGGCUAUUGGCUCUUUAUGUGCCUUGUCGACCAGUUUACUAGGCUCCAUGUUCCCAAUGCCCAGAGUGAUUUGGGCCAUGGCAGAAGACGGUCUGCUCUUCAAAUGUUUGGCUAAAAUCAGCCCACGAACCAAAACCCCUCUAACAGCUACAGUAACAUCAGGUGUUGUGGCAGCUGUGAUGGCUUUCCUGUUUGACUUGAAGGAUCUGGUUGACCUGAUGUCCAUUGGCACUUUGCUGGCCUAUACUCUGGUGGCUGCCUGUGUGCUGGUCCUCAGGUACCAGCCUGAACAGCCCAGCGUGGCCUAUGAGAUGGCCAACACUCAGGAUGAACCUGAGUCUUUUAUCGAGGGGAACAUUGACAUUUUACCACAACCAGAUGAUCGCUUCACCAUCAAGAAUCUACUUUGCCCUUCAAACACGGAGCCGUCCCCUCUGUCCGGGUUUGCCGUCAGCAUUUGCACCAGUGUAAUUGGUGUUUUGGUGUGUGUCUUCAGUGUUGUAGCUGUUCAUGGAGGGCUGGCACCCUGGUCAAUGUGUGUCCUCAUUAUUAUCAUGGUGGUCUGUCUGAUUCUUACCUUCAUUGUGUGGAGACAGCCGCAAAGCAAGGCCAAGCUUGCCUUCAAGGUUCCCCUGCUGCCCUUUGUCCCGGUCAGUAGUUUGUUCAUCAACGUCUAUCUGAUGAUGCAGCUCGACAGAGGAACCUGGAUACGCUUUGUCAUCUGGAUGGUCUUCGGUUUCUUUAUCUACUUCAGCUAUGGUAUUCGCAACAGUGCAGAGGCAGAGUUGACCAGGUCUGACACCUAUACGCCAGCCUGCACAAUAAAGGGAGAACCCAUGGCCACAGACAAGGAAGCCUUCCUACACAACACACAAAACGCCCCCGGAGACGACGAUGAAGAUUCCUGAAGAAACAGGAGGUUCACUAAUCCACUCUGCAUAUCAUCACAUUGACAUGCUACAUUCUCCAAAAUAGCUGCAAAUCCAGGAGACAUAGAGACUUUUAUGCACUUCUCCAAAUCAGAGCAUUAAGUUGUUUCCUAAUUCCGGCCAAAAAUGUCCAAUUUGGCUGUUGGAUAGAAGUUAAAAGGUUAAUUAGAUGUAAAGGCUGAGUAAAAACGUUUUAAAAAGAUGAGAUAAAUCUCCAUACAUCUGAAAACCAAGAAUUUAUUUCAGAAAGCUUUUAUAUUUUCUAGCUAAAAAGUAAUUUUUGUAUGUUUUGCACUAUGAUCAGUUUCACUAAACACAACUAAUUCUGUGGACAGCAACCAAAGGCAAAGCACAAGUAGUUUUAACAAAGUAAACUUUAUUUUGGUUCCUUAAUCCACAGUAUAUCAGAAUGAUGCAAUAACAUAUCUGAACUUAAUUUUUAAGAGUUCAGCAUUUGUUACUGCUCUCCCAGCUUGAAAAUGCUCAACAUUUUCACAAGCUGACUAUGUACAGAAAAGACAUUGUGAAUUACAGAAGCAUUUUAAGAAAUGUUUGUAUUUUUUGGGUGAAUUUGCAUCCGUUUGUCAGAUGUCCUGGUAAAUGUUUGUUACUCGUCUUGCUGCAUUAGGAGGCGCAUGGGUGGGCUACAGUGUCUAAAUGAUAUGGGAGAUUGUUUUUUUUUUAAAAUCCACAUGCCUUUAUUUCACACCUUUUAAUUAAUUGCAUUAAUUAAGAAUCAGCAAAUAAUAAUUCUCAAAUCCAGCUGAGAAUUUCACUGUAACUUCAAAAAGCACAACUCUGUGCCUGUUUUUUACAUUACAUAGUAUAACUCAGAGAAAAGCAGCAUGGUGCUCUGAAUAAUCUGGUACAGUUCUUUGUAAUCAGUAUAUCUGUAUGAGGGAGUUGAUGUUACAUGGUAUGGUAAUAUUUGUAUUCUAGUUAAUUGAUGGUUUCCUCACGGCGCACAUUUACCAGAAUCAAAUACACCAGUGUUGUCUCCAUCGGGGAACUGCACUAUUUUAACUAGCCAAAAAAAACAAUAUUUUAGAGGAUUCAUUUUAAGUGCAUAUGUCCCAAAUGAAUGUUACACCUUUAGAGGUAUGAUAUUGCUCUAUCACCAGCUAGAAUUGAUAUAUAUAUAUAUAUAUAUAUAUAUAUAUAUUAGUCUGUAUAUAAUGCACACUGUGGAUUUUGAAAAGCCUAUAUUUAUAAUCUAUCAGAGAAAUAUCGCCUUAGUGGACCAUUUUCUCUUUUUAGUUGACAUCUGAAUGGGAUGAAGUACAAUCCGUUGGUGAUAUUGAACACCAGACAUUAUUUAAUCAUGGAAAUGAAAGCUGAUUGUGAGUGUGUGCAGAUUCCCAGGGCAGCUAAUAUCUAUAAUAUAAUGCGACAUAUCGAGGUAUGUAUGUUCACUAAAGACUGAAAAUGCAACAAGGCGAAAAAUCUCUUUAUGGGAGUCCAUUUUUCAAUGAACUUUAUGAUGAAAUAUUUUCUUUUUUGCUAUUUAUGCUCCAUUUAAAGAAACUAUUGAUGUAACCUGAAGCCAAAUUCUGUUCUAGUACUAUUAUUACUUAAAAAACUACUUUACUUAACUAAUACUUUGUAAAUAAACUCAGUGUAUGUAACUGCAUUUUAAGACAUCGAAGCAGCAUUGUCAAAUAUGAUGAGGCUGCAGAAAGUUACUGUUUUCCAUCCACUAACUUGUUUUGUAAAUACCGUGCAUUAAAGCAACAAGCCUUUAUUUAAACCGGGAGAUGUUUGAUACCAUGGGACAUUAUCACAUAUAAGUUUUGUUCUUUAUUACAAAAUCACAUGCAUCAUUACCUGUUUUAUAGAUGCCAAUUUCCAAAAUUUGACAUCUGUUUUUUCUUGUAAAUACAGUUUUGAUUUUGCUUGAAAGUUACUGCCUAUAUUACAACUUUCACUUGUCUGUGACCCUAUCAUCCAACAGCUUUCAUCUAUAAAAUAUUUUGUAGUAAACAGUAUUUACAAACAGUAAAUAACACUAAUACAAACUGUGCCAACAGUAUUGUAGCUGUUAACAGUAAAUAGAUGUAAUAUAUUUGUUUGAAAGAUCCAAGUCAUUCAUUAGGUGAAUAGGAUCUCUCUUUUCUGUAGUUACAUUAAAACUCAUGUGAGGCUUCAUCCAUUCUAAUAUAACCACAAAUAGUUUGAAUGUUUGUCCUUGACACUGUCUGCUUUAUGUAAACAGUUGCAUACUGCACUUAAGUAUUUCAAAACCUUAUGAAGCUUGAAAAAAAGAGUUCGAUUUUAUAGCACUGCUAAGUUAUAAACAUGUUUACAGUGUUUCAGAACGGUGAAGGUCAGCUGUUGAGCAUGUGUUGGUUUGUAUAGUGUCUGCUAUAAAUAAAUAAUGCUGAAAGUUAAA